AUGGAGUUUGAAGCACAAUCGAUUAAAUUGCCAGUCUACAAUUUUGACACUCUUGUUCAAGAUUGUAAUAAGAAAACAGAAAAUCGUCAUGGAAAUUUAUUGCCAAAUAGUGUGCGAGCAAUAUUUUGUGGACCGUCAAAUUGUGGAAAGACAAAUGCUCUACUUGCUCUUUUAAUACAUCCCAAUGGAUUACGAUUUGAAAAUUUUCAUUCAAGACAUUGGUCAAUCAACAUGUCUUCUACACACUUGAAACAUUUGCGAAAGCAAAAAGAUAUUCUUGGUCAAAUUGCAAAAGCCAGUGAUGCUAUUCGACGAAAGCAUAGACUGAUGAAAUUGGGCAAGGAAGAAAUUGAACAGACUUUAAGUAAUACCUUUAAACCUAUAGUGACACUAAUUCAGAAAUUAGUUGACGACAUUGAAAUUGUUAAACAAAUUCGACCAGUAAAAAUUGAAAGAGAGGGAGACCUUCCAUUUGAGUUUGAAGAAGAUCAAGAAUUUAAAAGCACAGAAACUUCAAAUCGAGGUCCACCAGGACUUGGUUUUAAGUUGACUGCUGAAGGAGAUUUUAAUAUUGAAAAUAAGAAACUUUGUAACGUAGCUGAUGCCGAGAGCAACGCAAUAGAGGAUCAAAAACUACAGUUGGUGAAAGAGUUACAUAAACCAGCGAGAAAAAAUUAUAAGCGAAGAAGUGUUGACAUUCGAGGUUUUGACGAGACUUGGCAAGCUGAUCUUGUUGAAAUGCAACCUUAUGCGAGAGAAAAUAAAGGUUACAAGUACCUGUUAACCGUCAUUGAUACAUUUUCAAAGUUUGCCUGGGCUGUUCCAGUAAAGUCCAAAAAAGGUGAAAAUGUGACUGCGGCAAUGAAAUCUAUUUUAAUUAAAAAACGCAUACCGAAAAAUUUGCAAGUAGAUAAAGGAAAAGAAUUUUAUAAUUUACAUUUUGAAAAUCUUAUUAAAAAUUAUAACAUUAAUUUGUAUUCUACUCAUAGUAAUUUGAAAGCGUCAAUUUGUGAACGAUUUAAUCGUACUUUGAAGAAUAAAAUGUGGAUGCAAUUUAGUUUACGCGGUAAUUACAAAUGGAUAGAUAUAUUAAGUGAUUUAGUAAAUGCGUAUAAUAAUAGUAAACAUCGAACAAUAAAAAUGAAACCAAUGGAAGUAAAUGCUGAAAAUGAAAAUAAUUUGUUGUUUAAUGUAUUUAGAAAAGUUGCAGUAAGCAGGCAAUAUAACAAAUUUAAAGUUGGAGAUAGAGUACGUAUAAGUAAAGUUAAACAUGUUUUUGAGAAAGGUUAUACACCAAAUUGGACUACAGAAAUAUUUACUAUAAGCGAUGUAAAAAAUACUAAUCCAAUAACAUAUAUCUUGAGUGAUUAUCAGGAAAAUCUAAUAAGUGGAUGUUUUUACGAUCAAGAACUUUCUAAAGUUAAAUAUCCAGAUGUAUAUUUAGUUGAAAAAGUAUUAAAAAAACGAGGAUCUAAUGUAUUUGUAAAAUGGUUAGGUUUUGAUAAUUCUCAUAACAGUUGGAUAAACGAAUCUGAUUUAUAA